CACGUGACUGCCGAGAUAUUGCGUGAAAAUCGACUUCCGGGUACAUCGCUUCACAAUGGCGUUAUCGAUUGUAUACUGGGCGAAGUUUGUGGAGGGACACACGAAGUUAACUAGAAAAAGCGAGGCAGCGGUAGAAAGCGGACGAGUGCUUCGGUUUGUUAUGGACGAAUUACGUGUCAUAACAGCGUGUGUACAGGCAUCAAUGAAAGAUACAUCGUACAAAGUACAGAUAUUUUUUGACGCUGAAGACAACGGCAUUGUGAAAGAUUUCACAUGUCAGUGCCCUAUGGGACAGUUUAGAUGCCACCAUAUGGCUGCAGCAUUGUUGUUUGGGUACAAACGUGCAAGUAAAACGGAUGUCAAAUGCUCUUGGCUGAAACACCCCAAGUCAGCACCCCCCAAAUCAACUGUAACAAUGUCUGAUCUUUAUCCUCCUAAACAGCAGGCGUACAGGUAUGUCUCUCAAAGUGACAUCCCAUCAUUAUAUUUCGAUGAAAAUUUCUUUACUGUAGACACUUUACAUUGGAUUCUCUCUGAAGAACCGAAAGCACAGACUAGUCCAGUGCCUCUGAUUGAGGACUUGCUCAUGAGUACAGAGUACAUCUCAAGUGAAGACCCAAACACAUGGCUGCGGAAGAACCUCAUUCUUUCUCCAGAAAUGAUACUGGAAGCUGCGUUUAUCUCUUCUGGACAGAGGGAAAAUGCUUUGUGGGCUGCCAUUAGAAAACUUAGGUUUACAGCAUCCAACUUUGGGCAGAUUAUUGGAGCUGCAAAACGCAAUAGAUUGACAGAGUCUUUGAAGAAGAGAAUUUUGAGUACCUACAAUUUAGAGAGAAGAGCGCCGAUACAAUGGGGCAUUACACAUGAGAGAGUUGGUGUGAGUGAAUACUGUAAAGCAGGUGGAGUAACAGUGUUGCCAACAGGUAUAUGGCUCCAUGAAUCUGGUGUCUUAGGAGCAUCUCCUGAUGGUUUUGUGCAGGGAGAUUUUUUAAAAUCUCCCAUUGUUCAUCAUCAGCAGAAGGAUCAACCCCCGACACUUCCAGCCAUCAUUGAGGUGAAAUGUCCUUUCACAGCAAAAGACUUGACAAUUGCCGAGGCUUGUUCAUCUAUUAAGGACUUUUACUUAGUAAAAGAUGUCGGAGGAUUGUCCUUAAAGAUGACACAUGACUACUGGCACCAAAUACAGGGUCAACUUUUCCUCACCGGAACUGAGUGCUGUGAUCUUGUGGUAUGGACCACCAAGGACCUUCAGAUCAUGAGAAUCCUUAAGGACAAGACUUGGAUCAGCAACAUUGCAACCAUGCUGGACUUUUACUUUACAAAGUUUCUAGAAUCCCUAAACACAGCUUUGCCUCCUCCUUCGUGAAAUGUGCCUUGUUUGAUAAGAAUGGGGGUAUGUUCAAGGAGACACCAGACGGCAGCUUGUCAAAGAUAUUAAAACCUUUGUCUGCUAAUAUCAAAUCACCUGCAUGAAGCUGGUUCAACACACCACAGUGGUCCACAAUAGCAGAG